UGGUGAUAGUCAUUUUUUUAAGUCGUAUUUUUUUGAAGUCAUGCGCUAUAUUAAAGUCCCUAAGAGAAUUUUUGUAAAUAUUAUUCGUAAUUAUUUAUCAUUUCAUCAUUGUUUAUCAGAAUUGAUUAUAAUAUUUAUGGAUUUAUCAUCCAGUGGUUGAAUAAUAGGAUUAUAUUUUAUUUAUUUGAUCUGUUUUCGAUGGGGUCUUAUGAUUCAAGCCUAUAAUUAUAAGUCCUCGUAAAAUUUUAUUAAAGUAUUAUUACUGAUUAUUGUUGCUGGAGGUGAAGUCCAUAUUUUUCAAUGGUAAUAUAGACCAAACUUAUUGUCCAUGGGUUAUAAUAAACGGUUAUAGGGGAAUUUUUUAGCUAUGGAUAGCAGAGUUUCAGUUUUAUACGUUUAUAUCUUUGAAUUGAAUUUCGUUUUAUAAUUUUUUCUCAGUAUAAACUAAUGAUUACUAUAUUCUUGAUUAUAUUUCAUGAUAAUAUUUGAGUUUCAUUGUGUCAUGGUUCUAAUAUUAAUGGUUUUGAGUAGAAAAGUUUUUCUUUUGGCACAAUAGGUUGAGUUUAGGGCUUAUUAUUAUGGUUGAGUUUUUAUUUUCAGAAGUGAUUUUUGGUAAUCAUUGUAGAACCAUGUUUUACGAUAUAGAAUCAGUUAUUAUAGAAGAGGGUUUAUUAUUCCAUGGUUACAUAUUUAUAAUUUUAGGGUACAGUUACCUAUGAAAAUUGGUAUUUGGCUGGGUUUUACAUUUAAUUUCACCAGUUGCAUUAUUGAUUUUGUAUUGAUUUUACAGUUAUGAUUAACCAUGUUAUAUUUCAUAGUCAUUAUAAUUAUAUCUCAGUUAUUUCAAAUUAUGGUUAUUCCAGGAAAAUGAACAGGAAAUAUGGUUGAUGGAUAGUUUACCAUUUUAUGAUAACCAAAUGGUCAUGUUUCAUUCACAUAAUUACAUAUUCUGAUUACAUGUUACAUUUUUGUAAUAUAACAUUAUCACUGAUAUAACUUUCUUUUUUUUUCUCGAUAAAUCAUGGUACGUUUUAAUAUUUGGUGCCACGAAAAAGUACAGUAAUGUAAUUCAUUGUUUUGUUAUUUUAUUUUUGCGUUUGUACUGAUGUGACCUACGUUAAGAAAGUGCAAUUGUCACGUAUUUUUGUUUAGUUGUCAAUCUUGUUAUUCAUAUCCAGGGCAAGGUCGUUCAUUGAGUGACAAACGUUGUUAUUGAUACUUUUAAACGUUCACUAAUAGAAAUUCAUAAUGAAGCUGUUAUAAGACAAUUAUAUUUUUGAUGGAUGAAUAUUUUAUUCACUUUUAUUUUGACUUGAAUUUCUUUCUCAAUAAAAAUAUAACUAGAGUAUAAGUUUCUUAUAUUCUGAUGAUUUAUUGUAUGAUUGUGAUUUUGUUUUCAUAUGACUCAUAUAUUGUUCUGAUUUCAGAAUUGUUCCAGUAUAUAUAUAUAUAGGCCUAUGCACUUCUAAUAAAUUGUAUCAUUUCUAGGUUUCUGAUUAAUAAUAUAUGCUAACCAGCCAGUCCAGUUGUUAAUUGUAAUAUUCACGUCGAGUUUAUUAAUAUUAUUGUAAACGUUUCUCUUGAUUUUUUUUUAUUACGAUUCAUUUGCGGUUGCUUCAAGUAGAGUUUUUUUUGUUUGUAAGAGGUUCUGUUACGCAUAAACAUGUCAAUUAUGGUACAUUUUGCGUCAUUUCUCAUUCUCACGACUUUCACGGCGCAACUGGAGGCAGUCAGGGUCUUCGCGGGAGUUUUCUACAAGGAGCUACGUCACGCUGUAGCGUAUGAAUCAUCGGUUCCACUAACAUACGAGGUAGAUUUCCCGGCAGCUCAGCUCGACAUCUUGCAGGCGGAAAGGGUGUUCUGGCCUAACUGUCAACAAGAGGAUUGCAGUUUAGCGGAUGCGGUAGAAGUUUUGUAUAAUUCUACAAACGGAAUUCUUCGCAACAGUCAUGCUGCUUUCAACUCUUCAAUUCGUUUGGGAACUCAAGCUUCACGAAAGACCAGAGCGAUCGAUGUUGUCGGCGAUUUUCUUCAUUUUUGUUGCGCAGUCGCGACGGAUGGGGAACUUCAUAAGCUGGAAUUCAACGAAAAACAUGUAGCUGAUCACCUCAACGCAUUCCAAGGGUUGGUUGCAGACGACCACAAAGAUUUAAUUCGGAUUUCUCGCAACUUGAGGCAGUUUGCUGGAAAUUUUUCUCAGCAAUUUCACGAUGCGUAUAGCAAAUUAACAGACAGUAUGAGAUUAUUCGUACAACAGAAUGUAUCGGAGGAGAAAACACUGUUCACAAACCAGUUAUUAAUUUACAUUUUUCACCUCUACUCACAUGUAAAUAUUUUAUCACGGCAGGAAUUCAUAAAUACUGCGAAGGAACGCUGUGAUAAAAAGCUUUUACCCUUUUCGCUGGUACACCCCAAUUUAUUACGUUCAGAUCUCUUCAGAUUGGAGAAAGGAUAUAAGUCGAAAGGACACCAGUUAGCUAUACCUCUAUCGGAUUUGCAGCGAUAUUUUGAUCUUCCACUUACGACUUGCGUGGUGAAGGAGAACUCCAUGGUGCUUAGCUUAAAAGUACCGUUGGUCAGCAUCGGCGGACAGUUUCAAUUGCACAAGUAUGUGAGGACACCUAUGUAUUUCGACGGCCAGAUUUGUCAGCUUCAGCAGCAGGAUUUCGUUUUGGCGCGGAGACAGGAGGACGGUGAGAUUCAGGUCAUCUCGGGAGAUCAUCUCUCUUCUUGUCGGGCACAGGACGAUUUCUUAUGCUAUCUUCCGCGGCUGGUGCAUGGAGGACAUAUGUCAUCAAGAUGUAUGCAUCACUUGUUUGCGGCGACAGAGCUGAAGGACAUCCAACAAUAUUGCAGUUUAAGCUGUCGUCCAGCUAAGCAGGAGUUGGAGAUCGUCGAAUUUUCGCCUUCGGAGUAUAUCGUCGCGAAUAUACAGGCCAACACUACAGUCACUUGCGAGGGAGGUUCGUUUCAUCAUCUUCAACCUAUUCCGGGAGCAAUGUAUGUGGUUUUACCCUGUCAUUGCGAGAUUUCGGUCGGCGGGAGAAUAAUGGUGAGAAAGACUUUUCCGUGUGACGCAAAUGUUGAUAAACAACCUCAGGUUCUCCAUUACUUACCUUUGCAUUGGGUUAAGUUUAAUUCGUUGAAAAUUGAUGUUUUGCAACCGCAUUUCAAUCCUAAUUUUGUUAAUUUUAGCGAAAUUUUAAAAACUGAUAUAGAUAUAAAGGUUCCGGAAUUUACAGUUCAAGACGUAAUAUCGUCAGAUAUAUUUCACAAAGUAGAUCUUCCAAAUUCUUGGGGAGAUGUUGUAAAUUCCUCUAGUUUUGUUUUUUAUAUAUUAUUUGGCUGGUUAGGGUUUUUAACUUUAUUCUGUGCAUAUUUAGGCAUCAAGUUGUAUGUGUGUAAAUUAUCUGCUGUAACGGUAGCACAACCCAAGAUACAUAUAAUCGAUAGUUAGGAGUUAUAUAGUUACUUUUUGAUGGAUUAACUGUUUUAUUGUUUUUUUUUCUUGACUAUAUAGUU